AUGACGGCGCAGCCUCACCAACCGCUUUCCCGCCUUUUUAUCCCCCCACCAAUUAGUCAUGGGUUCGCCGACACCGCACCUACAUAUUCACCCGGUCUUCCUACAGCUAUUCAUCAAGGAAUACACCCACCAUAUGGGAUGAACGUACCGAAUCCCAUGCAAGCCAUGCAAACCAUGCAGGGCAUGCCACCGUUGCAGACACCUAUGCAGCCAGCAUUCUUCCCCCAGCCCCCGGGUGCACCGGGUCGACCAACGUUGCAUAGAAGCCAUCCCAGCGUCGCCCAGCUCGCAGCGGCAGGCAUUCUGCCACCCGGCAUUCCUGUUACGCCUCUGGGGCAGAAUGGCUUUCAUUUUGGGCCGAUGCAGCCAUUCGGCGGUCAACCUUUCAUGCCAAGGAACAAACGAUCGUUGAGCGUAAGUGUUGGAGGACCGCCGAAAGCUGUACUGGGGGGCCCGCAGCGCAAGGUGAGUCCGCUGCCUGCUCCCGCCGCGGUGAUACCACCUCCGGCGCCAGUGGUAAGGCCGAAGAAAGUGAUUGUCAACUUCCCGCGCGAGUCAGUCCCCGAAGAAGCGCGUCCUUCCUGGGCCAGGACGCCGCUCUUCCCAGUGCCAGAGCAACCGGACGUGCAACCUCCGGAGUUGGCAUCUGCUGAGCAGUAUCCGCCAGACGAAUGGCGGCUCACUUUGCCGAAUACCGUGGACGUGUUUUUGCCUGGCAAGUCGGCUUGGGACGACAUGAGGCGAACAUUGAUUGAGGAAAGGCUGGAGAAGUUGGGGGUUGAAAGGGGGUCAGGCAGUAUCCCAAAUAUUCACGCCCCUCAUGCCCGUGCUGCCUCGAUUUCAUCUCCUGCUGACCCAGCGCUUCUGUACUUCAAGCUCAACAAGCUGCAGCAGUCUCAGAAUGCGUCGGGGUCGAAUUCACUAUCCUCGUCGCCGCAUCUGAAUUCGUCUCCAUCUCCCAGCCAGCUACCGCCACGGCUUCAAAAUCGUCACGGGCAUAGCAUGUCGCUUGCGCAGCCACCUUCAUUUCAAUCUCAUUCGCCGGUAUACAAUCCCGCUGGUGCAUUCAAUCCCUUCGGACCGACCGCGACCCUCGGCUCUGAUCAAAUGCUCAUUAAUCGUUUAUCCCCCGCACCUAUACCCUCACUAGACAAUAUUCAUGCACCACAAGGACGGGUCCCAGCUAAUUUCUCAACUCUUGCCCCUCCUCAGGCUUCGUCGAGGCCUGAGAGCCGCCCCGAUUUCUUCCGCGGCUUUGGUUUAGAUGUUACCGAGGAAGAGGAAGAGCCCAUGGAAGAUGUUCCAGCUAGAGAGGGGCUUCGCGGAGCUGAUAGCCCCAGUGUGGCGGAGGCGGAGGAGGAGGAGGAGGAGGAGGAGGAGGAGGAGGAGGUAUACGACGCGACGGAAGCUGCUAAAGAAGAAUACGAGGAUCUCGAUCAGGAUGGCGUAAGCACUGUGGCGCAAAGUCGUAUACAUUCCCGACAUGUGUCUCGUCUUUCCGCUGCUCUCUCCUUACGCUCCGUAGGUGGGAUGGCAGGCGGUUUCACUCAGGCAGCCGGCGUCGCAUUGGAUGUCGUACCGUCCCUGAGCCCCUCAGCAGUUGAGGCGGAAGAUUUGGACCAGGACCCGGAUCAGGACGCAGUGGGUGAAUGGACGGGAUCGGAGGACCUACGCACGGGUGCCGAGACGUCUGAGGACGAGAGCAUAGGCGAGUGGUCUAACCCGUCCGACGAAGAACGGGCGCGUCAGCAUCGUGUUGAGCGGCGCAUGCUUCGCCGCAUGAAGCAGGAAGAUCCUGAGGUUCCGAGGAGGAUACCGAAGUUCCCGAUCCCACCUGUGACACAGGCAGUGAAGGAUGAUGACAUUGUCUCCAAUCCUAGCGAGGAAGACCAUGCAGAGGUGCAGGAAGCAUACCUGGGCCUUGGGAAAGAGGGAUAUCACUCGAGACCGGGCUCAAAUCUCAGCGGGAAGAUUCGACCGCUCCCUCCUUUGCCAAACUCCCGACCAGGAUCUGCACCAUACUCAUACCACGACCCUGCAUUGGCACACUCUCGGGAAACAUCUGUGUCGUACUUCCAGCCUGGAGGUAUUCAGUCCCGCCCACCACAGUCUCAGACAGCACCUCUACCACGCCGAGAUUCCCUCAAUCCGUUUGCGAAACCAUUCGUCUUUGGUGCUAACUCAAGUGGGCAGACAACUUCGUCGAACCAGGCGCCUGUAUCGGCACCUGUUUUGCCGUCGACAUUUGAUCAUGAACGGACAGCAUCGUUUGGCAAACCUCUGAAUGCUGCCGCUCAGGAAUUCAAGCCUUCAUUCACGUUCCGCCCGCCACCCGGAGUGCCGCAGUUAGCGUUCGGUGCCGAGGCUUCUCGACCAUUACCGGUGCCCCCAGAUGUGGUGCCUAGAGCUCAACAGGGCAGGGAGAAGCGGCAGCGUCGUGUGUCAAGUGGUAGCUAUGUCUCUGAGGAUGAGGACGGCGUGAACACAAUGUCAUCCUUCAAGUUCCCUCCUUCUGCGGAUAACACGAAAGUAAUGAGGCAUUCUGCGCCCUCGAGUCCGCCGCAGGGUCUAAUCAGCAGGGAGAUGUCCUUAAAUGCUGGCGCGAAGCCGUUCAACUUCUCUGGAUUCUCGACAUUACCAUCAAUCUCGCAGCAGGCCAAUGUCUUGUCCCAGUCACCUGUCUCAGAUGAACAUGAUGACGAGGAUGAAGGGGAUGACGAGAACAAGCCUCUGGAACAGAGCCCAACGGAACCUGCGGAACCUGAAUCGGCACUUGAGCUGCCUUUCCCCCCCACGUCCAAACCCAAGCGAGCGCCGAUCCCGUUGGACUUCAAGCACCCGGUGUCCACGAAUACCGUUCCCGCCGGGCUAUUCAGGUCGCUCGCCAACGGUGACGGUGAGGAGCGCACACGUCGCGGUGUCCGAUCGAGACUUAGCUCGCGGGAUAUCUUCGAGCAUAGCCCUCAUCAAUCGCUGGAUGACCUGAAUGUUCCUACUAUCUCGCGCAGAGUAUCGAAGAGCCGUCUAUUCACAGAUCCCGGACUGCGGGACUCGCCGCUUUCAAUUGUAGAUGUCUUCAGUGCGGAUCGACGACGAUCAUCAUUACCCCCAAGGCACCGCGAGGAUUCAUCUCUCUCGGAUAUUUCCAUCCCCCCUGUCAAUCUGACAAGACGCUUGGAGAUGCAUCAGUACGAACAGAGGCUGGAGGAGCUCCUCGACGAGAAGCUCGAGUUCAUCAAGCGAACGUUAAUGGACGUCAAGCAAGCGUCCAGUGGAUCGUCUUUGAACCCAUCUACGGAGAACAUGAUCUCCGAAGUGGUGUCCUUGUUUCGCACGCAAUUACAAGAGUCUGCGACCCGCGGCCUUGCAGACAGUGAGAUGGAUGCGCGCGGCGAGCUGGACUUUGAGGUUCUCAAGGGCAUCAUUGAGCAGAGCCAUGCAGAGACGCGUGCGUUGAUGCAAAGAGACCUCUUCGAAAUCCUCAGGACUCAUGCACAAGAGCCGACUAUGAUCCAGAGAGUCGAGGAACUGAGUCAUCGGACGGUGAACGCAGUUGUCUCAGCAACAUCACAGCUCGCCGUCCGAAUGCAGACGAUGGAUAUCUCGAGGUCUUCUCCGCAAGUAGAGAUGGAGUCCAUCGUUCAUGAGCUCAUGAACUUGUUGGUGCCGCAGCUUGCAGCGCUUCGCCCCGAACCUAUCGACUACGAGGGCCUUACCGCACAGCUCACUCAAGCCGUCAAGCCCCAUAUAUCUCAACUCAUCGACCUUGCAUCGGACAAGCGCGAGACAGCAGGCCUCAUCGUUGACAGUCUCAUCCCCAUCCUGUCUUCCUUGCAUGCACAAACUCCGCCGUUUGACACGGAGACUAUCGUAGGUCGGCUCACUACAGAGGUGCGGAAGAUCGUCGCGCCUCUGGACGCGCAUGAGAUCAAAGAGCAGGUCUCCGAUCUGGUGGUGGAACGUCUCGACUCCCGCCUUGCUAUGAGAGACAAGGCAUUUAAUGUUGAUGUUCUCUCCGAGAAGGUAGUGGACAGCAUCUGCGAUCUCCUCGCACCUGUGCAAGAGAUCCAGAGUGCUGUGAAUGCUCUGGUCGACAAGCAGGGAACUUCAUCUGAGCCGGCACUGGCUUCCGUUAAGGAGGACAUCCUCGGUGUCCUGUCUGAUCUCCCUCAACGUUUGGUCGCUGCGACUGAAGCACUCAACGUCGCUCAAGCCGAAGUCAAGAAACAAACAGAGGAUAGUGACCAGGUUAAGCCUAUAGCGAAGAACAUCCAAGACAUUCAAGCCGCAUUGGGCAACGUCACGAGGGAACAGCAGAAGCUCGCCUCUCAAAAUCAGGAGUUUUCUGAUUUCUGCCAGGACAUCAUCAAGCAUAUUAACACGUUGCCAGAGGCUAUGGUGGAGGCUACGAGCAUCCUGCAGAAUGCGCACGCGGACUUCGCUGCCCGGGACACAUCACAGAAGGAUGCUGAAGAAAUCCGCAGGUUGAUGGUGACCGCCGCUGAGCUCCAGGUGCAGUUGGCGAAGGCCCGUGCUGCUCAUGGUCAAGUUCGUGUCGAGAAGGACAUCAUCAUGGAUCGUUUCAAGACUUCUGAGGCCGAAAGAGAGCAUCUGAUCUCGAAGGUAGAAGAGUUGCAGAAUUCGCUCACGAAUAAGAAUGCCGAAGUCGUUACCACGGAAUUGAAGAACGCUGAGUUGGAGGAGGCGCUUGCGAAUGCUCUCGACCGGCUCAAGGCUGCCGACGUGCAGGCACAAAUUCAGCAUGACCGUAUUGCCCAAGUUGAGAAGGGUAAUCACGAGCUCGCCUUAGAGAACCAGCAGUUCAAAUCUCAGGCCGAGGCGCUUGAUUUGCGUGUUGUCGUCGUGUCUCGCGAGAAGGAAAGUCUGGUCGAAGAACUUGCCAAUCAGCGCCGGCAAUACGAAGAUCUCGCUUUGCAGCAGAGCCAUUGGGACGAUCUCCGUCAUGCUACAGAGCAGAUCCACAUGCUCUCAACGUUGAUGGGCCAGGCAGACAAUGAAGAGCUGAAGGAAUUAAAGUACAUCCGCGAUCGGAGCAAAGUUCUGGAAGGCGAACACUCGGCAUUGCAGAGACGCCUGAAGGAGUACGAGAACAAGAUGGUGAGCAGCGAGAAGAUGGCUCAGGCUUCUCGUCAAAGUCUCGCACAGGCUCAGCAACGGGCAGUGGAAUGGGAGAGACUCACCAAGGAAUACGAGAGCGAUCUCGAGGCCACUCGGUCCAAGUUGGACGAAGUGCAGCAGGCGCACUCGCAGCUAGACGGCGAUUAUUCCAUGGCGAAGAUGCAGCUUGAAGAGCGAGACGCGGAGGAACGCCUCGACAAGGACCGGCAGAGCAAGCUGCGCGAUCAGAUUGCAGCGCUUGAAGGACAGGUUGCGCGUUUGCAAGCCGAAGUUGACCAAGCGAAGAAAGCUGUAACUUCGGCACCUCCUGCGCGUUACCAACAAAACGGACAUGCCCACCCGGUAGCACGUCCGGAGUCUCGUGCCAGCACUGUCUACAGUCGGGCAGGUACGCCCCCAGCAUCUUUCACUGCACCUGGUGGGCCUACCGCAAGAGCCACGACGCCGAGGCAGAGUUCAAUAUGGGACUCAAUGCACGCGCCCAAAAACCAGGUCCCAAUUCGACUGCCGGUGACGCCCAAAGCUCAGCGCCUCUCGCCGUUUUAUCGUUCUGAAAUACCAUCACCAACACCCAGCAACGUCUCUGCCGCACCUACUCUCGGCAACGAUGGGUGGUGGGAAUGA